AUGGAUACCGGCCUUGAUGAAUUUGAGAAAACUCUAGCGGAGGAGAAGAAGGCUAGAGAAAAGGAGAGCAGUCGCGACAAGGAACGAAAGCAUAAACACCGGCAUCGAUCGAGACACCAUAAUACCAAGGACGAAGACGGUUCAGAUAGGGAACAUCGACGGUCAAAACACAGGCAUAGGGAAGAUGAUUCCGACCGAGAUGAUCGUCGGCACAAACGUUCAAGGCGAUCCAAGGAAGAUGAUCACGAGGAACGAAGAUCUCAUAAACAUGACAAAAUCUCGGAUGCGCACGAGGAUUUACCACUUCCAGAUGACGAGGAACCAUCGAACAGCCCAAAGCUGGAGCGCGACUCUUGGAUGACGGCGCCUUCAGCAAUGGAUAUAGACUAUACACAGAAGGGAGCCAAGAAGGUCGAAAAGGCACCACCACCCAAGCCGGACUACGAUUUGAAGAUCCACAAAAAUGAGUUAAACGUUCAUUUGCAGGAUCUGGCGGACGGAAAGAAGCUUGAGGACAUUGAUGCCGAUCAUGAAGUUGAAUACACUUUUGGAGAUUCUGGGGCUCAAUGGCGCAUGACCAAACUCAAGGCUGUUUACUCGCAGGCUGAGCAGAGUGGAAAAUCGGUGGAAGAAGUGGCUAUAGAACGGUUUGGGGGACUACGCGAAUUCGAUGAUGCUCGAGAAGAGCAGACUGAACUUGAUCGGCGACGUUUAUAUGGAGAAGGCUACGUUGGGAAAGAAAAGCCAAGCGGAGAAUUGUUUCAAGAAAGGAAGCUGGAUUUGGGUAUUAGGAGAAACCAGGAUGAAACAGAAGGCGGGAACUCGUUCGAUCUGCCGCAAGGUCAGAUUGUGGAGGAAAAGCCAAUUCGACCAACCAUACAAUUGGAUAAUACCGCGUUGAAUCGCAUGAAAGCACAGCUUUUGAAGGCGAAACUGAAAAAGUCACCAGAUGUUGCAAGACUGGAAGCAGAAUACAAUCAAGCCAUGGCAAACUACUCGAAUAAUCCCGGAUCGGGGGUCAUAGUUCUUGGCCAAAUGGAGAAUCGACUGUUAGCAGGGACCCGUGGAGAAGUAAAGUCAAUUGACAACAAGAGAGGUCGGGAAAGAGGGUUGGUGGAGGAGAACGAGGAUAUGAGCAUCGAGGAUAUGGUACGAGAAGAGCGGAGGACCAAAAAUCAAGCUGGUGGAGAGGGUAUGCGAGCUGCAGAGCGUAUCGCCAAGGAUGGAAAAUUCGACGAUGACUUGGAUUACAUGGACGAUAAUGCGAACAAGCUUGCCAAGCGCGUUCAGAAAUCAGAAAUCAAUCUGAAAAAUGCAGCAAUUGGUGAGUUUCAGAAGAUGAAUCGCAUUCUAGAUUCCUGCCAGCUGUGCCAUCACGAAGACAAGAACCAAGCACCAGUGGCACCAUUGUUGUCUCUUGGGACGCGAGUAUACCUCACGCUUCCAACCGAGCCAGAGCUCAGUGAAGGUGGUGCAGUUAUCGUCCCAAUACAGCACCGAACCAACCUCUUAGAAUGCGACGACGACGAGUGGGAAGAGAUCCGAAAUUUCAUGAAGUGCUUGACACGAAUGUAUCACGACCAAGGACGAGACGUCGUUUUCUACGAGAACGCAGCAGCCCCACAAAGGAAGAUGCAUGCAGCGAUGCAAGUCGUACCAUUACCAUAUAGCCUGGGCGAAACGGCGCCUGCGUUCUUCAAAGAAGCCAUCCUAUCUGCCGACGAAGAAUGGACACAGCAUAAGAAGCUCAUUGACACCGCAGCGAAAGCUAGAGACGGAUCAGGCAAACAGGCUUUCCGUCGCUCGAUUGCGAAAGAGAUGCCAUACUUCCAUGCUUGGUUUCAGCUUGAUGGAGGGCUGGGCCAUAUUGUGGAGGAUUCGAAUCGAUGGCCUCGAGGAGAUUUGUUUGCGAGGGAGAUUAUUGGUGGUAUGCUUGAUAUUGAACCUGAUGUGAUUAAGAGACAGGGUCGCUGGCAUCGAGGUGAUAAACGAGUUGACGGGUUCAAAAAGCGGUGGAAAAAAUUCGAUUGGACGAGGGUGCUUACGGAUGGGUAG